AGAGAGCGACAAAAGUUGCUUAGAUAAUUGACUAUAUAAUGGGCAAGCUUGAACCAGCCAUGUGAUCAUUCACACAAGUCCGUCCUACAACUUGAAGCUUUAGCAUAAUCAUCACAUCACAGGUCUAACAAUGGUCUCACAACUCUUGAUGUUAUUCCUUACAUGUCUUCCAGCUCUCGUAAUGAGCCAGGGAACACCAUACGAUGACGCCCAGUCUGAUUUUUGGUCACCCUCUGUUCCGGACCCUGAUGACCCUACUGACCUCUCUACCACCGACACUUCGAGCCCAGAGGUGCAUAGUGAAACCUCCGAUUACAAUGGCAACGCAAUCCCAAAGAGAAAGCUUGCCGGGUAUUACCCGGUUUACAAUGCGGAUGGGCAGCCCCUUUCUAAGCUCAGAUAUGAUCUCUACGACGAGAUCAUAUUUUUCGCGGCAACCACUACCGAGAAUUUCACAAUUGGCACCGAUUCCUUGACCCAAAAUGAAUGGGACACUUUAGCCUUUGAUUUUGUCAAGAAGUGCAAAGAGCACUCGGUCUUGCCCACUUAUUCUCUUGGAGGCUGGGGCGGCUCCAGAUUCUUUUCAAGCCUUGCGGCGACUGCUGAGAAUCGGACCGCAUUUGCCGAUUCAACCAUUCGUUUCGCCAAGAAAUACGGGUUCGAAGGAAUCGAUUUUGACUGGGAAUACGCCAGCAUUCAGGGAAUCGGUUGUAACGUCAUCAGUAACGAGGAUGUUCAAAAUCAACAAUUGCUUUAUAAGGAAGUUAAAGGCAAAUGGCCCGAAGGAAAGCUUUCUUCUCCCCAAAGCAUAGCGGGCAUUAGGGACGCCGAUUACCAAAAAUUACCGGCAUCCAAUGUCACCAUGAUGGUUGAAGCUCUUGACGAAUUGCGCAUUAUGGCGUACGAUGUCCAUGGCAGUUUUACCAAGACUACCGGACCCAACGCCCCACUCAGAUCGCAAUGUGCUGAUCCAGAAAACCAGUUAUCCGUUGAGGAUGCGAUCGAAAUCUACCUCGAGCAAGGUUUCAAACCGGAGCAACUAACCUUAGGAAUCCCUGCUUACGCCAAAUCGUGGACCUUGACCAAGCCAGAACUCACCCCCAGAACCGUUGGCAACUACAAGAGUUGGUAUUACCAGAACUUCACUGGUAUACCUGCUGGAGGCAAAUACGACGAUAAACCUGGAACAGACAUCUGUGGUCAAAAGACAGAUUAUGGUGGCUCAUGGUUUACCCAGGAAUUAGUCGAAUCUGGUUUCUUGAGCGAAGAUGAAUCCAGCGGAGGAAAUGGUUACACCAGAUAUUACGACGACUGCUCCGGAGAGCCAUUCCUUGCUAGCAACACCACUUUGAUCAGCUAUGACGACACCGCAAGCACCGUGGCCAAAGUGAAAUACGCCAACUCUAAGGGUCUAGCAGGGGUAUUUUUCUUUGACACCAUGGGUCCUAGAGACUCCACACUCGAGGCAGCCAGAGCGGAAUUGCUCAACUAGAAUCCUCUUGCUUGAGGUAUUUAUAUUUCAAUCCUGCUGGCCACACCGAUUGAUACUGAGCCCAGGAGUUAUAAUUCUAGACCAUUUUUCAGUAUCUCUGGCAUAUUAACAGGCACAUUUUAUCAUUUCACAUCCUCAGUUAUUCUUUUCCAAUAUUUUUAAAUUCUUGCCCAUGUUCUAUUCAUGUGCCGGUAUUACAAUCUUAUUUACGUCCUUUCAAGACC